CUUGUCUGAUAUCAGACUUCAAUUGGAAAAUUUGUACUGAUGAUGAUGAUAAGAAACCCGAAUGUCUCUAUCGUAAUGUUGUAAUGCUUCAGCUAAACCGAAUGAAGCUAAAAAUAACACUGAUAAACACGAUCGAACUCUUCGAAGUGUAUGUGGGAUCAAAAGAUGAAUGCAAGCAAGAGAAUCUCUCCAGGGUACGAAAAGAACUAGUUGGUGCAGUAAAUGAGGUGUUGGAAACGAUGAAAAUGGACCUUGAUGUUGCUGAAGGGAUCGAGUGCACCUGUGGGGAGAAAAGUGUGUUCCAUUUAAAGUAUCUGCUAGAGAAUCCAGAAUCAUCUGAAGAGUGUGCUGAGUGCAAGUAUGGUCAUGGAGAAAAGCCUGAAACCUUUUGGGCUAAAGGUGAGGCUUUACAAGAAAAUAAAACACAGUUAGCAGCAGUGACAGCUAAACUCAAUAUUGAUGACUUGUUUGAAGUGGUGAGUGAGUUGCAGCCAGUAAUAACCAGGUGGAAACACGUUGGAAUGGCCCUCAAACUGGGUCGUGAACAACUGAAGAAGAUAGAAAAGGAGAACAAAGAUGAUCUUGAUGACUGUCUAAGUGAGGCCCUAAGCCUGUGGCUGAAUAAGAACUACAAUACUGAAAGAUUUGGAGAGCCAUCAUGGGAGCAACUGGCCGAAGCAGUUGGUCAUCGUUCUGGAGGGAAUAUUCUGCAGUUGCCGAGGGAAUUCGUCAAAGACACACAGUAAUAGACAGACACACCAUCGAGGACAGUAAAGGGACCGUGCCUCCCUCAGACUCUGUCGGAGACGUACCUACCUCCAAACGACCCAAGUUAUACUCUGUCGAAGACGUGCCUCCCUCCAAACGACCCAAGUUAUACUCUGUCGAAGACGUGCCUCCCUCCAAACGACCCAAGUUAGACUCUGUCGGAGACGGAACAGAUUUCUUCCUUGAAGAUCUCCCGGAUGAUCUUCUAGUUACAAGUAUCGAUCUACCGGGCCUUGAUGGACCCGCAACCACUGAUCUCCCCAGUGUGGCUGGUGUCUCCCAGCCUCAACAGCUACCUGCUGGGCUCAACUCCACCCCACCACCGCCCAGCACCUCGCAGCCUCGCUCGUUGGCUCCUAGUGUCAGUCCGCUGACCCAGCCAUUGUCGCAACAGCAGUCUCCCGCGACUAGCGUCAGCCCCGUCGCCAAACCUACACCUCCUCUGCAGUUGAACACUCUUGGAGGGGGUCCUCUUCUCAAGAACAGGGGAGGUGGAGGACUGACUACCUCAACUGCUGGUGCCCCGCUCAACACCACUGUAGUGAGCACCUCCGCUGACCCAACUACAGCUCUCCCAAAUAUCAGCUCUACCUCUGCAACUGCCGUUCCUUACUCCAACAUGGCAACUUCUGUUUCUCCUGCAAUGGGCACCCCUCGAAUGCCGUCCGCUUCCUCCACACCUUUCUCUUACAAUUCGUACUCUGGAGGUAUGACCUCCGUUGCUGCUGGAAUGAACUCGCAAGUGGGGAUGCAGCCUCAGGCGCCGGGAAUGGGAGGUUACCUGCGCCACCCUGGGUCUGGUCAGGUAAUGGGUGUCAUGCCCGGACAGCAGAUGGUACACUCGCCCAAUAUGAUGAGGCAACAACAUCGGAUGAUGACGAGGCAGCGUAAAAAGAUGCACCCCGAGGUUCAUGGAGGCCCCAUGAUGAGUACCCACCCCCAGCGGUCUAUGGGGCAGAGCGCCGUCCUCCCUCCUCACUCGCACCAAGUCUCGUCACAGAUGAUGGCUCCUCAUAUUUUGACUCAGCAACAACAGAUGCCGGUGUCCAAUCCUACUCCUCAGCAGAGUCACCCCGCCCAACAGCCCUGCCCACCCUCCAAGGGCGUUGUCGGGGAAGAAAGCCCUUUGCCCGGACAGCAGAUGGUACACUCGCCCAACAUGAUGACGCAACAACAUCGGAUGAUGACGAGGCAGCGUAAAAAGAUGCACCCCGAGGUUCAUGGAGGCCCCAUGAUGAGUACCCACCCCCAGCGGUCUAUGGGUCAGAACGCCGUCCUCCCUCCUCACUCGCACCAAGUCUCGUCACAGAUGAUGGCUCCUCACAUGAUGACUCGGCAACAACAGAUG